AUGGACGGUGCUGGUGCUGUAACCGUUGCUGCUCCUGCUUUUUUUAGCAGCUUGCACGCAGGAAAGUGGUGGGCGCAGUUGGGUGGGCAGGCAGAGGAGGAGGAGGAGGAGGAGGAGGAGGAGGAGGAGGAGGAGGAGGAGGAGGAGGAGGAGGAGGAGGAGGAGGAGGAGGAGGAGGAGGAGGAGGAGGAAUUGGUAGGGGUGGUGUUAGUGGUGGAAGAAUUGAAAAAGAUGGAACCCAUCGCUUCUUCCUCUUCCUCCUAA